GGCCUCGACAGGGUGGAAGGAGGGAGGAGAAGGGCGGGGCACGGAGGCCCAAGCGAGGGACCAGACUCAACUCUGACUUUUUCCGCCGCGCUCGAAUUCAGACAUGUCCCCCGCCCCUGUGCCAACCUCUUGACGUGAUGGUCUCCUGACGUCCCCACCCAGGCUUCCAGCGCAGCCAUGUCACUCCUCCUGCUGGUGGUCUCUGCCCUUCACAUCCUCAUUCUCAUCCUGCUUUUCGUGGCCACUCUGGACAAGUCCUGGUGGGCCCUCCCCGGGAAGGAGUCCCUGAAUCUCUGGUACGACUGCACAUGGAACAGUGACAACAAAACGUGGGCCUGCAGUAAUGUCAGCGAGAACGGCUGGCUGAAGGCGGUACAGGUCCUCAUGGUGCUUUCCCUCAUCCUCUGCUGUCUGUCCUUCAUCCUGUUCAUGUUCCAGCUCUACACCAUGCGGCGAGGAGGGCUCUUCUAUGCCACUGGCCUCUGCCAGCUUUGCACCAGCGUGGCGGUGUUUACCGGGGCGCUGAUCUAUGCCAUUCACGCCGAGGAGAUCCUGGCGGAGCGCCCAUCAGGGGGCAGCUUCGGUUACUGCUUCGCCCUGGCCUGGGUGGCCUUCCCCCUCGCCCUGGCCAGCGGCAUCAUCUACAUCCACUUGCGGAAGCGGGAGUGAGGGCCGCGCGUCCCCUCGUCUCCCCAGCCGGCUCCCGGCCCCUCCACCUCACCCCGAAGCCCCCACCCCGCCUCCAGAAAAUAAAACCAUUUAACCGCU